CAUUCGGCAAGGCAACAUUGCACUGUGCGCUUCCACGCACCUGAGCGCGCAACCCAAAGUCCGCUCUCAAGCUUCAUCAACCGCAAUCCGGAGCUGCGCAGCUUCCUAGGCGUCGAGGCGGAAGACGACGACCAAGAAGACCCCUCUCCUAGCCAUCUCGAGGGACCGCUCAACGCCGCUAGUUGGUGUCUCUUCGCCUCACAGUGGACGUGUCUUCGCCGGUGCAGCUCGUUCAGGUCAUCGCGGAGCUGUAAAACACCUCUCAGCGCCUGCGUUUGGACUCUCCUUGCCACCUCAUGCGCGUGCAUUAACAGUCCACCCCAUCCCCAACCAAAGCCCACAUCUCGCCGCAAACAGCUGCUAAUCCAAAUCUACCGCCGCCCCAGUACCAACAUCACAUUCAGAACAAGAAUGUCCAAACCCCAUCGCCCUCUUGGUGAACCCCAUUGGACAAAGGAAGCGCUAAGCAUCUUCAUCUGGCAAUCCUUCAUCAAACGCGGCCGCCGCGUGCCACGAGCAUACAACAGCCGCUGCCUCAACCUGCCCGUGCUAACCCGGAUUGUGGAAUCAGUGGCCGAAAUCUCCGUGGGCAGCUUGCCACUUAACGGUAACGAGCCGCGCCCUCGACGUAUUCGAUCGAAACUGAGAGCGUAUAACGUGGUACUGUCGACCGUCUGUAGGGUGCCGAGUCCACUCGGACGGAAUGUUAUGACCGCUGAGAGUGUAGAGGAGGAAGUUAGGGGAAGCGUAAGUGUCUCGGCUUCUUCUUCCGAGACGGGGAAGAGGGCGAGUGUUCAUGUUGGUGGGUCGGGGUCUGAUGCUGCGUUGGCUAUUCGGGAGGGUAAACGACCCGUUUAUUCCAAUAGCGUUUUGCAGGGACGCAAUUUGCUCGUUAGCGAAGACUGGAUGUCGGGAGCAGGCGAACAUUGGAGUCAACCGGGAAUGGCCUUGUCGGCAUCUCUAGACGAGCCACCCAAGUCGCUGAGGGCGCCACGGAAAUGGCAGUAUAAGCGUAAGUCUCAAUGCGGCGGUCCUUCACUUCCAUCGACUGUCGGCGAAUGCGAGAGUACAACCGGUUCGAGUCCGGACACUGCGUUGCCGACGAGUCAAUCGCAGCAGCCGCCCACCUGCGCAGCGCCAGCGUGGUGGGAAGCGCCGACCGCGGAUGCGAAGCAAGCGAAAGCCCAGCGGCGCGCAGCUAAGCGAAGUUCAUGGUUCAAGCAGGUCGAAGUGGAGGCGGUGCUCGAGGCGUGCACGGGGAAGACCGAGGCCGAGACACUCGAUGCUACUAGCGAUGGGCCGCUGCGAAGCAGCAUUGUGCCGACGGGACUGCAAGAUACUGAAGCCACAUGCUUGCCUGCUGUCUCUUCAGCGCCGGAAGAGGCUCAUGUCGAAGGGCCGGUCGUGGAUGAGCCACCUUUUACUGCCAAGAUCUCGACUGAACCGCCAAAUUUCAAGUCCGAGGCCGAAGCAGCGACCUCACCAGAAUUCCCGGCAGCGCGCCAGCGUUCCGCAGCCUUCCGCCGCGAGGUCCGGAACGGCAUGCCUGGGAGUGCCUCGUCCGUCUAUGGCAGACGCGCAUCCGGUUCGUCUGUAAUAACGCUUUCGCGUAUGAAUCCAGCAGCGAAAACAGGUCGAAACCGGAAUGCCAUAUAUGGAGGCUUUCAUGCUCAGGACUCUCCAGAAGGGGUCAGCACGUCUGUACGGGAACUUCAUGACCUCUGUGACGACGACGAAGAAGAGGAAGGCUAUGGCCAACCUCAACCAUCUGCUCACUCAACGCCUGCGCAAAGAUUGAAAGCUCUCCAAAGGAAGAGCGCGCAGGCGCUCAAAGAUGUGUGGUCGAGCUCGCCAGAUGCCGACAACGAUACGGCCGAGCCAGCGAAUGCGUUGAAACGGCUUAGUAGGCGGAGUGUAGCUGCGUUGAAGGAACUUUUUCCGACGGUCGGAGAUGCGACGGCCGAAAGUUUGGAGCCGACAGACGAACGGGCGGAGCCAGCACGUGCCCUUGAGAAGCUGCGCAGACGAAGCGUGCAAGCGUUCAAAGAUCUGUUGACGUCUAAAGCUGUAGAGGGGGCCGGUGACAGGGCAAGUUCACGUACCGCACCGUCGGGCCAGAAGAGGCGGUCGGUGAUGAGCAUUCACCUCAACCAGAGACCGGAGCUCGACGGUGCCGAGGGAGUGUCGGGUUGGUGCUGCCCAAGCACAAGAGGAUGUUCUGUGGUGGACAUGUCGGAGCACAGCGGGACGGCCCCCGCACACUCGUCUCGUCUGCCUGAAGUUUCGUCUACAUCGUCUCUGACUCCGGAGGUGAGAAGAUGGAAGCGUGCAAUAGCUCCUCCUAUCAAUUCAAGUCCAAGGCUGGACUUCGACUUCCAAGGCAGCCUUCAGAUAGACGAGUGGGAGCGGAUGACGACUGCAAUUCUGGCACGUUUGUGCUCGUCGGAAGAUGAAAACGCUGAGGCUAGAGUAUCCAGCUUAGGUGGGAGGAGUGAGCAUUCGCGCAUUCACACAACGCAGCCAUGGCAGGGGCAGGCCCUUGGUGACGAUAUCCCAGCUGCGCCAGCACGUGAGCUAGACGACCGUGCGAAAAAGUCGACUUAUCGCCUACUGUCGCUGACGGAUCCAGCUCAGCUGCCCAUCACUAAGCCGUACUUAUUUUCCAGCAAGACGGAUGUGGAAGAGGCGGUCUCGCCGCGGACACAUGUCGCCGCAAACGAGCUUGACGAUGGCCAGUCUCAUUGUCACGACGUCGCGGUGAACUCCGGCCGUUUCAUCCGUCCGCAGACAGACGGGACAAACGCAACACUUGCGAAUGAUGCAUCUUCACCCCCGAAGAAGGACUCCACGCUUGGUACUCAGCAACCAAAUCGGAAGUCUGAGACGACAGAGUGAGUACCA